GGUCAUCCACGUGUAUAUAUAUAUACUACUGCUAUUGCAUCGCGUCAUAGGUCGCCCAUGGUUCACAAACCCUUCUGCAUGCUAGCAUCGAGCAGAACUCAUCACAAGACAAUUACGAGCACCGCGAAAGCAAAACUACAAUGCUAGUGGUCACAUCCUGUGGCACUCAAGGCGCGCCGAGGCUGGCGGUGAAGGCUGGCCUUUGGCAGAUGGCCACCAGCACAUCGCUGCCAACGACAAAUAACAGGCACGCUCCCUCAAGCGCUCUUCUGUGCAGCUUGCAGCAGCAGCGCAGCUGCCACCUCCAACACGCUCGCAGACCGUGCGUCGCAACGUCCGGCUUUGUGCAGCCGCAGAGGUACAUUUCCCUCUCCCCCCCGGAAGCCGUCAAGUUGCGCUCAGACCCGAGCAGCGAUACGGCGCGGCGCACGCCAACGCUCUUCAACCCCGUCUACACGGCAGAGGACCUACACGCGGUCAAGGUGACGCACUGGAAUCCGGAGAAUGUCGGCGACCGCGUCGCGAUCGCCCUCAUGCGCGUCGCCAGGUGGGGCUUUGACGUCGCGACGAGGUACAAGCACCCAGAGACAUUUCCGCGCACCAAGGACAGGCAGAUGCAGAAGGUCACACCGCCAGGAUACGAUGCCAAGGCGCCUUCGCGACCGGCACCGUUGGCCGGAGCAGCAACAGCAACAGCAUCACCAGCGGACGCAGCCUCGAACACGAGUAGCCACGCUGGAGCCGCCGAACCUGACGCAGCUCGAGCUGCUGAUUCGGUGGUCAAGUCGAGCUUUUCCACCGAACCGGCGCAUUUCGAGGAGUUGACCGUCGAAGAGAUGCGCAAAAGGGGAAUUUCAAUGACACCUGAGCAGUGGCUCACCCGUAUCGUUUUCCUCGGUCAGUGCCGUUCCUGGCCGCAAUAUCGCACGGAAGAGUGCAUGGCUGA